CAGUGGGUCGGAGGGGGGAGGGGCAAGAGAAAUGAUAAAUAUCGACUCGUUACUGCCCCAGCCUCUGCCGGGUACGUAGCAGACAGAGCCUUGCCAUUCUUUCAGUUGCCCUCGCGGCACCCACUCUCGUUAAAACGUCAUUCGUUGAAACCAUUCUAUUCGUUGAUCAUACAUACAUAAUGCGUUGGAGUCAAGCUGAUCUCGGAAGUCUGCUGCUCGCCAGCGCCUUCGCGAGCCAAGCAUUCGCGACCGUAACCUGUGAGGUCGAAAACACGGUGGGAACAUUCCGCAACCCAUCCUUUGAGACGGGGGACUUGACCGACUGGACUGCCUUGCAAGCGACUGGCGCAACGUCAGCGGGCGCGGUGGUUUCGGGCGACGACGCUGCUGAGGGGGAGUAUUACUAUUCCAUCGGCGGCACGACAACCUAUACCUACCUCAAACAAACCUUAACCAAUCUGGAUACCACUCAAGCCCUCAGUUUGUCGGUCAACUAUCGCCUGAUCUACACCACCUCAACCGCCACGAGUUACUGCUUUCUGGGCUUUGCGCAGAACUCAUGGGCAGUCACCAAUUAUAUCGGCGGGCGAACCGCCGUAUACCCUUCGGCUUAUGGCUCCAGUCCAGCUUGGUCGACAUACUCGCAGAGCUUUACUCCCUCAGCUUCUACCUUGGACAUCUACCUCGUUUGGGCCUGUCUCGGCACUUGGGCCAAGUACGAAUUCGAUAAUUUCGGACCGGGGGAGACCACGGUCUGUUCUACCUCGACCUCAACACCUGCGCCUAUCAGUACUCCGACGGCCAUUGUGUCUUCUUCUGUGGUGGUGGUGGCAACAACGACUGCAGUGGCCAGCCCUAGUUCGGCUUCCGUGGCCAGCUCUUCCGAGGCCAUCGUUGCGAGCAGCCCCAGAGUGACCUCGUCCAUUGCGUCUAGUAGCCCUACGACCCUGUCGAGCGCUCCGGCUGUCUCGAGUAGCCCUCAGUUCAGCUUCUCCACUGCCCCGAUCUCUGCCGCUUCCGGAACGGCUGCGUCGUCAUCUGCGGUUUCCGUCUCUUCUAAUGUUGUAUCAAUUGCCCCUUCAGCUUCUACAGUGGUUGCAACUUCUCCGUCAUCGAGGCCUGUGUCGUCUAUCCCCCUUAUCCGACCAUCCUCAUCGUUCCAGACGGUCGCUUCUGCGAGUGUUCCAGUGCCUGUUGCGCAAAGCAUCUCCAGCUCCCAGGCUAGCAUCCUGUCUUCGAGUGCACUCACAGCGACAUCAAGCCAGCCAGUCAAUCCUCUGUCUCGGUCGUCCGCGAGUGUUCCAGUGUCUGCUGCGCAAGCCUUCUCCAGCUUACAUGCCGUCAUCCCUUCCGCAAGUGAAUCGACGGCAGCAUCUAGCCACCUUGUCGAUUCCUUGUCUCUGUCGCCCUCGUCUCUCAUCUCCGGUGCCGGUAUUCGCACUACAGCUGCGUCGGCAGUCACGGUAACUUCUGGGUCUAGCAUACCGACGGUGACUCCUCCCACCAGCCUCUUCUCUGCAGACCUCACUACCUCUACGGUUUUGACGACGCGCACCUCGACGGUGACUGCCUGUCCUUCCACGGUGACGAACUGCCCCGCCUCCGCUCGCACCACCUAUCUCACAACCGAGACCAUU